UAAUGCAUGCGAAAAUCGUUCAUUCGUAGCAUUCAUUGGACGUCAGGGGAGAUAACCAAAGUCAUACGCUUAUUGCAAUCAUGUCAUGUAUUUUGACCUCUGUGGUAAAUACAUAGUACGGUAUCGAAAAAUCAGUCAGUUGUGACGAAACUGUAUGUUUAUAACAAACUGUAAUAUAUUUCGGAUAGUUAAAUACUACAGAUUUUAAUAAAAAAUGAUGGAGUUAUCUGAACAAAGUUCAGUGCUUUUUGCACUAGUGGCCGGAGCAACAUUUAAAUACGCGGCCCUUCGCUGGGUCGGGGGGCAAAGAAGGCAGUACGUUGGGAAAGUGUCAAAACUUUAUGUUUAUCCACUGAAAUCAGGGAGAGAGUUACCGGGGUGCCUGAAAAAAGUGUCACUGAAACAAUAUGGCAUUUAUACAAAUGGAGUUGGGGACAGG